CCGGCCGUUACGGCCGCUAAGUGGUUCCCAGUCGCCGAGUCUGUACUUUCUCUAUGCUGCUUGGAGGUUGGUUCAUUGUGGUGAUCAUCCUUCUGAGUCAAUGGGAGAGGCGCCAGGGUGCUGUGGCUCAGUUCACGACCGCCUGUCUGAGCAACAACACGAGAGAGACCGACGACGGACAGUCAACCAACACAAACGCAGACUGCCAGGCGGGUAAGGACAACAGAGGCGCACUCAACAAACAGUUGGCUGUGAAUGGCCUCGCUUACUUCAGCCGUGGACCCUGACGGUGAGAUAUUUUCGAGUUGUGCGGACAAUCCGCUGCUGCCCAUCCUCGAUGACCCCGACCUGGGCAACUUCGGCCAGUGCUUCUAUGAGGAGAACGCCCAGGAAAAGCUCAAGGAGCAACAGACAGAUGCGCUGAACGAUGAGGACUCGGAUACUUUCGGCACUGUCACUGCGACUGGGGGCAACCAGAGCCAGUUGUGCGGCGAGCCGAGCGGCGUCGAUCGCACAGACGUCACUGAUGUGGGAACUGCGGCGCUCGGAGGGUGCGCACUGAAUAAUUCUGUGGUUACGGCACGAUCGGAAUGUGUGAUGCUGUCUGUCAGUUGCCCAUCGGACAAGAUAUGUGCGCGCACGAGCGACUCCCGCUUCUGCUACUGCAUCGAGGAGCCCAUUGGUCUGUUCGGCGAGGUGGCAGAAGUCUCGCGCGGCGAUGUCAGCUUGACGAGGGGCGUCGUCAGCGGCCAGCCAUCGUCUCUGUGUUUCCCGGCCGAGCUGGAUCCUUGCUUCAAUGUCGUCAACCGCUUCGCUGUGCCCUUCGACUGUGCGGACAGCCUGCCCGUUGUGGACAGAAGGGGAGAGGAGGGGCCUAAUGCUGCACAGCAGAGCGUGUUUCCGUUCGCCCCGCCUCCGGUGCCGCAAGAGUCGACAUUCGCGCAGAUUGUGCCGGGGACCUAUCUGUUUGAAGACGUACACUCCAAUGCCUACCUGCCGACCAUCGACAACAUCGGCGAAGAUGUGUCGAGCUGUAUGAGGAUCCAGGGCAAGAGUGACGAUGAUAGCGGGCUUGAUGGCUUCUUUCUGGACUUGUCGUGCAAUACGACAGCGGGCGUCAGCUCCACUCUUCAAUUUACCUGCCCCGAGACCGGCCUCUGCUCCCAACGCGAAGAGAGGGAGCUGCAACCGGCAGUCGCCACCAUUCAGGGCGUCAUGCGCGUAGAGAAUGCCAGCAAUCCGGCAUGUAAGGGAGUGGAGGCGCAGAUCGAGGUCACAUUGACGGGCUUUGUGGAUGAGUCGGAGUCCCUCAUUGCGCAGCAGUUUCACUACGACGAGCCGCAGCGGAUUCUGAUCAUCGGAAACGACGAACAAAGCGAUCUGGUCAUCGCACGGGUUAUCGCUAUACUAUCCCCCGCGGCUCACACACCUCUCGGCCUCUUGACCUUCCCCGAUGACGUUCCUGAGGAAUGUGAUGUUCUGCUCAACGAGCGGAUCUUUACGGUGACAUCGGGCGAGACAGAGGCGGGCGGCAUCCUUGCGCUGGCUGUCUCGGGCUACGGAAGGGAUGUAUCGACCAGGGGCACCAUCUCAAAGGUAUGCGGGAUGGGCGGCGGACACCAGUACAUUAGUAUGUGUCUCGUUUGCCUUUACGUAUCAUCAUCAGAAACCGUUGGAGGCCAGCGACUUCGCUUUUGACAACCAAGAGGCGUUCUGGAACUGCAGUGAGAUCUGCCGGAAUGCGACGGAAGAGAACACGCAAGACAGGGAAAUGGGAACUGCAUCAAGUGAGCAAACGGGCCUGGCGGCACCGAUCCCCAUUAUUCUGGGCGAAGAUCUCAGCCGUGCGCUAGUUGGGGAAGUUCUUCCUACGAUCUUGUUUCCCAUCUAUAAUCCUGAUGAGUCUCCACAAAUGUCGUUCAGCAGUGCUUUGAUCGGGGACAGGCGGUUUGUCGUAACAAGCUUUGACGUAACGUGCUUGGACAACACGGACGCCGGCAUCAAGUUCAGCAACUCGUCGGAGGUGCGUCCGCACACUGUCUCUGUGCUGUGUACGAAGCCUCCCGACGAGGAGCGGCCGUCCCAGGAGAGAGGACCCAGAUCAUUCGAACUCUACAACGCGGAGACGGGAGUGCAGCUCGAUCUGAUCCUGAAAGGGCAGCUGGGGCCGCUGGUCGACGGCAGAGAAGGUACACAGCGAUGGACGUAUCAGUCAGGCAGGGGAUGACGAUAUAUUCUUUGUUGUGCGUGUCUGGAUCAGCGUUGACAAAUUGCCGCGGAUUCAGGCUGCAGGACCUCCCUGUUGGUGCGAACCCUGGUAUUAGCUUUCGCUACGAGAUAACCAACGCUAGUUUCCUUGGUGAAUACGUGGGUAUUGCUGUCCCGCCGGGCGAUUCGCCUGAAGAAGGAGUCCUUGGAGGCGACCUAUGUGUGGGUGCUCGGGUAAGAGGAAGACACAGCUGUGCGGAUCGAGAGGCGGGCGAGCACAGCUUCAGCAUCUCCAUCCAAGUGCUGCGAUCCAAGGAUGAUGACAUGGAAUCCAACUGCAGAGACAGAAUUAUUGCCCACUUUAAUGAGACGGAUGGCCUCCCAGAGAAUGAAGAAGUCAUCUGGGAUGAGUACUGUGAAAUCAGAUAUGAAUGCUGUAAGCAAGCCAUCAGAAUGGUCCCGCAGAUCACUGCCAUGUAUUAUGCCCUUGUGAGCUAUCUCAGUUGAGGCGUGUCCUGAAGUGGCUCUGAAUGCCUCACCUACCGCUCAGCCAUCAAGUUAUCGCAUGAUGGACGCAAGUGAAGGCUUUUGCAUUAAGCUAGUCAACGGCACGACAAACGCGGAGGAGUCCUUUGAAGCCCGGUUCAGCUGUGAAGGCGAAGGGACUGAUAAUGUUGCAGCUGGUUUGCGACUGGGAAUCAGAUAUGAUGUGGAGGAGCUGGAUGGACGAGUCGUGCCCUUCGACCGUUCCACGGGGAAGCCUCUGGAGCCGGCUGGCUUUGCCAAUGUGGACUUCAAGGGCACAGUGAGACAGCUGUCUCCAGAGGAAUGCGCUGGGACCCUGAUGUUUGUCGAGGGUACAUGUACACUCAUACACACCGAUGCACACACGCACACACACAUCGAGAGAGAGGGAGAAAGAUGCCUGCUUCUUUUGUGUUGUCCUGCAGGCACUCUAGUUGGCGCCUUGAGCUUUGAUACUGUUGGCUCUGAGACUCUCGAAGACCCUCUAGAAGAAAGAUACCUCCCUGUCAUCCAGCGGUCACGGAUCCGGCUUGUGCCUGAGCUUUAUAUCACAAGUAGUGCAUCCUUGGGAACUAUGGACUACACCAUCAUCUCUACCCCUACUGACAGGAAAGAGUGCUUCGACGUCACAGAUAGGCUGACCUAUAAGAAGGAGGCUACGAUUGACGUUCAGCAGCCAGAUGGCACCGUCAAGGAGGAAACAAUUGUCUUUCUAGCCCCCCAGCUGGAUGUUCGGGAUUCGGAAGAAGACAGCAAUACGACCGAAGCGUUUGCUGAGUUCAGAGUCUACGAUGAGAAGGAUGUAAGGAGUGGAGGUUUUAUUACAGAGAUGGCAGGGCUGCUGCGUCAAGUCUGCGGGAUCGAGGAAAGAGGUGCGACAACUCACUGAUAUGCGCGCAGACUUCGUUGCUUCUUCUUGCUUUUUUACUCAGGCUCGACUGCCGUCCAGAUUCAAUGUCUCGCUCACAAGCCUUUCAGGCUUUUCGCCAAUGAGACAGACAUCGAGUUAGGGGAGAGCGAGCUGAAGUAAGCACACGACGAGAGAGGAGACCCACAUGGCUUGACUUGUCGCUCUGCGUUUUUUCCCUUUUCAAGUUCCAUCGCCCGAGUGCAGAGAAACGGGAGCGAUCCCGACGAUUUGACGCUCCAGACGCUAGCAAACUUUACCAUCAGCUGCUCGUGUAACGACGUCGAGCGCAUCAAGAAGGAGACCAAUGGCGGGGAUGGGUUCAUUGUGCGGGCCAUCCCUUUGUUUGUUGACAUCGGCGCGAACGUUGAUGGAGACAAAGUGCAGCAGCUGUGCCCCGUUCUCACCGUUUGCGGUGCGCUGAUCAACUUUUUCAGAACGAUAAAGAGAUGGCUCUCGCGAUCAACUUCGUUUUCCUUCAGAUCCGCCGUCUCCUGGACACUGCGACGAGAAUGACCAGGAGACGUCAUCUCGUCCAUGACUGAGACCUACGGCGCGGCAAAAUAGAGCUGGGAGACACCUUUCGCAUGGGAUGAAGGGACGGAGAUUUUCCAUUCUCUAUAAUCACAUUCUCUGCGGCAAGUAAUCGUCAGCCACACACGCAUGUGUGACCUGCGACAAGGUACGCAGCAAAGAGACACAAAGGGUGCUCUUGCCGCCUAAUUCAUUGGACGAAAAGGAUUCCUUUCUCGUGUGUGUCCAUAUACUCAGUUGCCAUUCGCCAUGUGUGCAGACGAAGACAGCAGUGGCGUAAUCGACGUGUGAGCGGCUGUGAAGCACGUCAACAGAUAGAUACACAUCUGAUAGGAGGAUAUCCGGAUAUCCAUUUAUGGCGUUCCUUCUGAACCUCGCUUCAAGUCAACUACCCCUCUCCGCCACCCUUCCCUCUUCCCCAUCUUCACGCCUGUGAGCUUCCCCGACAGCGUGUCCGCGUUUGCCGGCGUGGUGCCCUGCGAGAUCUUGCUGAUGGUGCAUCGGCGAGAGUCCUGCAGGCCACUACCCGACGGACGUCCCUUCUCCCUUUCGUCAAUAGUCCGCUGAAGCACGAGGUGGACUGCCUUGGCAAGGGGGUUUGUCGCCGUGUCUGCUGGCAAACGCCGGGAGGGCGGUGACACGAGCAUCCGGUUGAUGGUGUCAUAACCUUCUCUAUGUUUCUCUGUUUCUUUCUGUCAUGGCAUGGUUGACUGGAUGUCUGUGAUUGGCUGGCAGUGUUCUCGUCUGGGUUCUUUCGUGUGAUGUGACCAUCCACCCUAAUCCACCCCCUCCCCCUUUCCCCCACCCCCUGUCCACCCUGAGUGCCUGGUACGUACGGUUCGUCUGUGUGAUAUGGGUCAGUUUGGGUGAGAUUUUUCACGAUUUCUCUUCGAUGUUGUGCCUUGGUCUGCUCCCCCUCCCUGCCUGUCACCGCAUAUCUCUACAGUGCCUCGUACGCCAAAAGGCGACCGUUAACGCACAGACUUCCUUUCGUGCAGCCUUUGACUUAAUCGACGUGUGAGCGGCUGUGAAGCACGUCAACAGAUAGAUACACACGUAUUUGUCCUGUAAUUUGUCGGUAAUUGCAUGCAUCUAUGUGUCGGUAGGUCGAGACCGCAGUCUGCUGUGAUGCGCCUCGCCACCUGUGGAUAGAUAGGGUAGUGCGCGAGAGACGAUGGCCAAUGAGACACGCGCUCGUCCAUUCGGCCAUCGAUAUACACAUGCGGAUACAUAUGGCGGCGGAAGCACAGAUGUAUGGCUGCCUGUGAAUCGGUUGCUGUUCGACCAGCAAAAAUACACACGUGUGGACGUCCUGUGUAUGCACGUCUGGACGUAGAUACCCCUUUCAGUGAAUGAAUGCAUCUCAUUCCGCACCAUCCACAGACAUGCAUGUGUCCAAUUGACCGUCAAACACACACAUUUAUGCACGUCUGCGGUGCGUGU